AUGUCGGCAGACAUGAAGAACAACCGACUUGGAAAGCCCGUGAGGAGCCUGCGGAGGACAGCUCUGCCACCGAACAGGGGCUUCAACAGGGAGGUGUGCGGCGUGACGUGGCCCCAGCGGCCGUGGGAGGCCUUGGGACACGGCCAUGGAGGGGCAGCUGGAGCUGAAACGCUGCAAUUCCACAUCCCCACCCACGGCCCCGCCCACGGCCCCCUCACAGCCACAUCCCCACCCACGGCCCCGUCCACGGCCCACUCACAGCCACACUCCAUCCACGGCCCCGCCCACGGCCCACUCACAGCCACAUCCCCAUCCACAGCCCCGCCCACAUCCCCAUCCACAGCCCACUCACAGCCACAUCCCCAUCCACAGCCCCGCCCACAUCCCCAUCCACAGUCCACUCACGCCACAUCCCCACCCACGGCCCCGCCCACAGCCCACUCACAGCCACAUCCCCACCCACGGCCCCGCCCACGGCCCACUCACAGCCACAUCCCCAUCCACAGCCCCGCCCACACCCCAUCCACAGUCCACUCACAGCCACACUCCAUCCACGGCCACGCCCACGGACCACUCACAGCCACAUCCCCACCCACGGCCCCGCCCACGGCCCACUCACAGCCACAUCCCCAUCCACAGCCCCGCCCACACCCCAUCCACAGUCCACUCACAGCCACACUCCAUCCACGGCCACGCCCACGGACCACUCACAGCCACAUCCCCACCCACGGCCCUGCCCACGGCCCACUCACAGCCACAUCCCCAUCCACAGCCCCGCCCACACCCUGUCCACGGCCCACUCACAGCCACAUCCCCAUCCACAGCCCCGCCCACAUCCCCAUCCACAGCCCCGCCCACAUCCCCAUCCAAGGCCCCGCCCACGGCCCACUCACAGCCACAUCCCCAUCCACAGCCCCGCCCACACCCCAUCCACAGUCCACUCACAGCCACACUCCAUCCACGGCCACGGCCCACUCACAGCCACAUCCCCAUCCACAGCCCCGCCCACACCCCACCACAGUCCACUCACAGCCACACUCCAUCCACGGCCCCGCCCACAUCCCCAGCCACAGCCCCGCCCACACCCCCGUCCACGGCCCACUCACAGCCACAUCCCCAUCCACAGCCCCGCCCACAUCCCCACCCACGGCCCCGCCCGCCUCUUCCCUGCCCGAGGCCGCCUGGCACCCACGUCCACGUGCAGGGUCCUUCUUGGGCCACACAGUGACCCCCGAGGAGCGGAGGGAAAAGCGCGGCCCGGGGCCGCAGAGGCUGGUGGGCGCAGAGCACCCCGGGCGGGAGCUCGGCCGUGCUCUGACGAGUCUUGCUAGCCUCUUGGUGCUGGCGCAGAGUCGGAGCCCUUCUGUGUGCUUUGCCUUGAAGCUGUUGGAGCAGUUCAUUGCGCCAGGGAGCUGA